AUUGACAUUAUUGGUUAAAAAAAAUUAUAAUAAAAAUGUUAAUAAUUUGUUACAACUGAAAAGUGUUCAGUAAAAAGGUUUUAAUUAUUUCAAUUAAUGAAUAAUUUUAAAUAAUGGCGGCGUCCAAAAACGUCAAAAGAUUUGUGAUCCAGAAUUUAUCAAAUCAAAAAUGUUAUGCAACCUUCACUGAUAACGAUUUAAAAAAGACAGACAUCAUCAAUUUUUUUAUAAAACAAUAGGAGUUUGUAUUUUUAAUCUAUUUGUUUAGUCAUAAUUAUUUUUUUUAUUGAUUAAGAAUGAUUAGUAAUUAUUCUCUUUAAAAGUCAUAUGUGUAGCUAAAUGUCACAAUUUUUAAUUUUGUGUCAAAUAUUUUGUUAUAUUGUCAACCAAAUUUGUAAAAAAAUUAGUAUGUUAUAAUAGCAUUCUCCUGCUAGUAUGAUGAAUUCCUCUGAUGCUAAUUCAUCAUCAACCAGUGUAUCAUAUGCUGGAAAUCCUGGAGAAAGAAUACCAUUAGUUAAUCGUCGCCGACAGAUUUUGGAUUAUUUUUCACGUAUGCUUUCAAUCAAAAAUAGUAAUGUAGAUGAGUCAUCCAAAAAUGGUUAUGUUGAAUUUGGAAGUAUUAAUGAAGCAACAAGUGGACGCACAUUAGGACUUUUUUCUGGAGUGUUUGCUCCUGUAUGUCUAUCUAUGUUCAGUGCUUUACUAUUUCUCCGAGUGGGAUUUGUUGUUGGUAAUGCAGGUUUAAUUGAAACCCUUUUUCAAUUUGCCAUAGCUUAUGUGAUAAUUGUUUUUACUGUGAUGUCUGUUUGUGCAAUAUCAACCAAUGGUGCUGUUGAAGGCGGUGGUGCUUAUUUUAUGAUAAGUAGGACAUUAGGACCUGAACUUGGAGGAUCCAUUGGAACAUUAUUUUUUUUUGCAAAUAUAGUAAGCAGUGCACUAUGUAUAGUAGGAUGUGUAGAAGGUCUCAUAGACAAUUUUGGUGAAGCAGGCUAUUUAAUGCCAAAAGAUAGUUAUAUUCUAAAUGACGGACAUUGGUGGAGAUUUACAUAUGCAACCUCAUUAAAUUUUUUUAAUUUAUUGAUUUGUUUAAUUGGGGCAUCAUUAUUUGCUAAAACAACUUUAACCAUAUUUGCUAUUGUUGUAAUAUGUUUAUUAUCUGCAAUAUUAAGUUUUUUCUUUAAACCUCCAUUACAAAUUGAAGUUCCAGCAGCAAAUAUUUUUGUUAAUCAAACUACCAAUCAUACAGUUUUGUUGAACUAUACUGGAUUAAGUUUGGCUACUUUAACUGAAAACUUAAAUCCAGCAUUUGGUUUUGAUUACACUUCUAAUAAUAUAGCAGUUACUUUUUCAUCUGUUUUUGGUGUAUUAUUCUGUGGAGUUACUGGAAUUUUGGCUGGAGCUAAUAUGUCUGGAAAUUUAAAAAAUCCAUCUUACAGUAUACCCAGAGGAACAUUAGGAGGAGUUUUGUUUACUUUUACAUCAUAUGUUAGUUUAUCCAUAUUUAUAGCAGCUACAUGUUCUCGAGAGCUACUUCAGCAAAAUUAUGUGUUUUUAAUGCCAAUUAACAUUUGGCCUCCUUUUAUUUCUAUUGGUAUACUAACAGCAACAUUUUCAGCUAGUCUCAGUUGUUUAAUUGGUUCUAGCCGUGUUCUUGAAGCAUUGGCCAAAGAUUAUAUUUAUGGACGAUUAUUACAUUUUGUGAAUUUUGGAGUUUGGCACUCUAAUCCUAUAGCUGCUGUAAUCUUUUCUUGGAUUCUUGUUCAAAUUAUACUGUUUAUUGGAUCACUUAAUGCAAUUGCUCAGUUAAAUUCAAUUUUAUUUUUGCUUGCUUAUGUUGCAUUGAACUUGACUUGUCUUGGUCUAGAUCUUACAUCUGCUCCUAAUUUCAGGCCAUCUUUCAAAUAUUUUUCCUGGUGGACAUGUGCACUAGGUUUGUUAGGAUGUGUUAUUAUGAUGUUUGUAAUAAAUCCAUUUUAUGCUUCAUCAAGUUUUGGACUUUGCUUAUUGUUAAUACUUUUACUUCAUUUCUUUUCUCCAUGCAAAGCUACAGAAUGGGGUUCAAUAUCUCAAGCACUUAUUUUUCAUCAGGUACGAAAAUAUUUACUGCUUUUGGAUCCUCGAAAAAGUCAUAUUAAGUUUUGGAGACCACAGAUGUUACUAAUGGUAGCUAAUCCACGAUCUUCAUGUUCAACUAUUACAUUUAUUAAUGAUCUUAAGAAAAGUGGUUUAUUUGUAUUGGGACAUGUUAAAGUUGGUGAAACUGAAUCUAAUUUGGAUUAUACAGAUAAAAACAUGACUAGUUGGCUAACUCUAAUUGAUCACGUUAAAGUUAAGGCAUUUGUAGAAUUAACUGUCGCAAAAAGCGUACGAGAAGGAUUACAUCAUCUUGUAAGACUUUCUGGUAUGGGAGCUAUGAAACCUAAUACCGUAGUUUUUGGUUUUUAUGAUGAUCAAGUUCCGCUGGACUAUUUUAAUAGAUUAGAUUCAGCUUAUAAAACUGUUGUAUUUCAAGGAGUCACAGCAAAUGGUGAAAUAUUUCCCCUUAGAUCACCAAAUAGUGGUAAACAUUUGACUGCAUCAGAAUUUGUGUCAAUGAUAUGUGAUAUUAAUUUAAUGAAUAAAAACAUAUGUAUAUGUAGACACUUUGAUCUUUACAAUAAAGCUGAUAUAAAUAAAAAUACAAAAUAUAAGUACAUUGAUGUAUGGCCAGUGAACUUUUUUGGGCCAUCCUUGAAUGACGCUUAUGAUACUUCUAGUUUGUUUAUGUUGCAAUUAGCAUGUAUUAUUAAAAUGAUAGCUGUCUAUAAAAAACACAUUUUACGUGUUCAUUUAUUGAAUAGUGUUGAUGUACAUAGUCAAAGAGUACAAUUGAAAGCACUUUUAAACAAACUUAGGAUAAAAGCUGUUAUAAAUGAAGUUUCUGAAUGGUCACAAGUAGAAGUAACAACAAUAAAAAGUGAUAGUAAAUUGUAUAUAUCUAGUGUCAAUCAAUUAAUUAGAAAUCAAUCUGCUGAAACAGCUUUAAGUUAUAUUUAUCUACCAUUACCUAAAGAACUUAAUGGGUCAGAAUUACAAAAUGUGAAUUAUUUAAAUGCUUUGACAGAACUAACCAACAAUUUACCCCCUACAAUUCUGGUACAUGGAGUAAGCGCUGUUACUUCUACCACUUUAUAAUCAUUACAAUCAUCUGACAAAAUGUAUAAAACAUAUCAGUAUAAUUUGUGUUAUAUAACAAUAUAUCUGAUUUUUAAAUCAUAUUUUCCAUUAUUAGUUGUUUAUGUAAGAUAAAAUGAAAUGUAUGAUUGUAUAACAAUAUUAUUUAAUGAAAAUACAAAUUAUAUUU